AUGCCGCGCAGGGUAUGGUGCCAAAUGAGAGUGUGUGGCACUCACACUGGCAAUCUAAAUUUUGCCGGCACUUGCGCCUCACCACGGAGCCCGCCAGUUCGCGUCGAAAGCCCGCCCGAAGCAGUAUCGUUCACGUUUAACGAGGCAGGCCAGGUCCGCGAAAUCACGACCGGAUAUCCGGUGGACCGUCGUUGUGGAACGACUGGUGGAUUGGGCGGAAUCUUCGGCAUAUUGGAGGGUCUUGGCUACCCACUGCCAGCGCCGCUUACACGCACCUGUGCUGAACUUCUUUCACCUGUCUUCGACAUAUUCGGGCUCAGAGAGGAGCUGCAGGACGCUGCAGUCAUGAAGUUCACAGAGGUUCCCGCGGCAGAUGCGCUCGAUGAAGAGCGCCUCCUAACACUCACUGAACAGUUGAUCGAGUCACGCUUGGGGCUGGACGAUGCGUCGCUGCUGCGCGAAGACUUUACCCUGACCACCCCUCACGGAGGGGCGCUACGGAAGGAGGAUUACUUGAGGACGGCCUCGUUGGGAGACAUCACGGAUGCGUUCCCGGACCUGGACUACAAGUGGCGGGACUUGCGCGUGUGCCCGUUCGACGUCAACCGCGUCUGGUACACCUCGUCGCCCCUCGGCACGCACCUGGCCGAGCUCCGCCUGCCGACCGGGGAGGUCCUCCCGGCCACCGGGCGCCGGUGGGUCAGCCCUCCCGUGUGCGGCAGCGCCCAGUUCGACAAGGACGGCCGCUGCAUCGCCAGCACCGGCAGGCUACGUCAUGGACCGGCGCCUGGGCAACACCCGCGGCCUCGGCGGCGUCCUCGGGCUGAGGGAGGCCAUCGGCGCCCCGUCCCCGAAGGCGUGGCUGGCCCGCACGCCCUCGCAGCUCUGGAGCGCGGUCUCGGGCAGGGCGUGACGGUGCACCGCAUAGUUCACGCCGCACUGAUGUCGCCAGAUAGCUGCCAUCGCACGGAGUGCUGUACACUACAGCUGUUGCACCACUCUGGUUGCACCACGCAUGUCGCACCGCAUGCCAGAAUACCUCGUGUGGGUCCCGCAUUGGCUAAGAGUAGAUUGUAG